AUUUUAGCCCGGCCUACACUGCUCUAGUCAUGCGUGGACAGAGUUGAGAAGUGACUGAAGAGUCCGCUCUGAACACAAACACUCGGCAACUCCGCAUCGCCGCUUCAGAAAAUGUGACAACGCUUUGACCGUGUUUUGUUUGACUUUUUCGCCACAGUUGGCACACUAUUACAUUUCUUAAACCGAUAGUGGCCUUUUGAAGACAGCAUGGAGCCGAUAACCAAGUGGAUCCCAAAGCAAGUUGUGGAGUGGAUGAAAGGUCUGGAUGAUGGCUUGCAACAGUACAUCAACAACUUUGAACGAGAGAAGAUCAGCGGUGAGCAGUUGUUGAAGAUCACACAUCAGGACUUGGAGGAGCUCGGGGUUGCUCGUAUUGGACAUCAAGAACUAGUUUUGGAAGCUGUGGACCUCCUGUGUGCACUGAAUUAUGGGGUUGAGACUGACAACUUGAAGAAUCUGGUUACGAGGAUGCGAGCUGCUACCAAUAGUCUCCACAUGGCCACGUCAGAUCGCAGAAAAAGCCCUGCUUAUGAUGGCACCAAUCCACGCAAACCACCAAAUGACUUUCUCACCUCUGUGGUCGAGCUAAUUGGGGCUGCUAAAAGCCUGCUGGCGUGGCUCGACAGAACGCCGCUGACAGGAAUCAGUGACUUUACAGCCACCAAAAAUCAGAUCAUUCAGUUGUGCCUGGAGCUAACUACCACUGUUCAACAGGACUGCAGUGUUUACGAGAUGGAAGAAAAGAUCCUUGAUGUUUCAAAGAUUCUAAACAACAUCUGCGAUCAAACCGUGAGAACCACGUCGGAUCCCCUGAUGAGCCAGUCUGCCUGCUUGGAGGAAGUUCAGCUGACCAACAUCAAACCAGGAGAGGGGCUGGGUAUGUACAUCAAAUCUACCUAUGAUGGACUGCAUGUUAUCACUGGAACCACAGAACAUUCACCAGCAGACUUGAGCCGUAAAAUCCACGCCGGUGACGAAGUGAUCCAAGUAAAUCAACAAACAGUGGUGGGAUGGCAGCUGAAAAACCUCGUCAUGAAACUUAGGGAGGACCCCAAAGGUGUGGUGCUACUGCUAAAGAAGAGACCUACAGGGACAUCAGGGUUCACUCCAGCCCCACUGAAGAACAUGCGCUGGAAGCCUCCUGUGCCACAGAAUAAUACCUCACUGAUCAGAGGCCAGUCCCCGUGCGAUUCUGCAAACGGAUCAGCCAAAAAAGAAAAGCCAGCCAUUUUGGAUCUGUACAUUCCUCCACCUCCUCAAGUGCCAUACAGUCCAAGAGAGAGCAGAGCGGACACCUUCGCCAGCAUCAGUAAAAGACCAAAGGGCUCUGAGUCACCAAACUCUUAUUUAGACCAAGAAGGCAAAAAUCUUUACAGCUUUGGAGACUAUGACAAGCUAAGCGUCCCUAUUGAAGCAAAAGUAGUACAGCCCAGACGGAGGGAGCACAAGCCUUCGAGAGGCAAGCCAAGGCCUCUUUCUAUGCCAGUUGAUACAUGUGUUGGACUAUAUGAUCCCUAUGCUAAACCAUGGGCACAAGGAAGAAAAGGUGAAGAUCUUUUGUAUAGAUACCUCAGCAACGAGAGGAUUCCAACCAUUGCAGAGGAGGUGACAUCCUUGUCACCGCCCUACAGGCCAACGGGAGAUCGACAUCUGGUCAGAGUGGACCACAUCAGGGGCAGUCGCUACUACUCCAACUCGGAACUUCACAACAGCGCCACGAUCCCUUAUCAGGAGGACAUCAAAAAAGCCCCCGUUACUCAGGUCUCUAAGCGCACCACAGCAGAACGCUCACUACUGGUCAGUUGGAUCACGCGGCUUAAGCUAUUGACUCACUGAUGAUGCACUUCCUGUCCGGGGCUUCCUGUUCCUGUCUUGUGUCUUCCUCAGUGCCUUCUAUUAAAAUACAUGAAGCUGUAUUUUAGCAACUAUGGGCUUUCUCACACUCCCCUCUCACUGACCUCCCAUGUUUCCCUGGUGUCACUAGCACUAGCAACUACUACUCUUCAACAAACCCUGCUUAGUAGAACUUACUGUUUUUGUCAUUACACAUUUAACACCCUCCAUUUGCCCUCCAUGUGUCUCAUUGCAAGCCCCAUCCCAGCCUCAAGAAGGACUUGUUCAGGUUUAGGACGCUUUGGCCACUUCAGGUCAUCUAUGGACUCUUCUGUACAUACUAAGUUAAAUAUGAUCUUUUUUGCUCUCUGGUUAUUUAAAAUCCACCACCUGCCUGAUAUUUCCUUAAUUAUUGGUUUAAGUUGCAUUAACGGUUAAGACAUUUUCAAACUGUGUAUUCUGUUGGUGGAUCAAUGUUUAUUUACUUUACGUGAGUUUUUGUGCACAAUAUUUGCCAAUGGUUGCCUCUUGAAACCUAUGCAUAUCUCUUGAAAUAUUUGAGUUAAAACUGAUAAAGCUGCCUUGGUGGGGAAUGUUCUUUUGUCACUGGUAAAUAUAUUCAUUUAAAGCUAUGCAUUUAUUUCAGUUGAGGUUGUGUUGUGAUAUGCUUUACAAACUGGCUCACCUUUAAAGGGCCUAUACAAACAGCUGGUUCACAGUAAAAACUGGUUUUGGGAAGCCAGUGUUUUGAACCAACCUUUACGGUCAAUGACCUACUAUGAGUUCAAUAGGAAAGACAAAUAUGACAGUAUUAUUUAAAAUGAUAGAUAAACCAUGUCUGUUUUGCUUUAUCUGCUUUUUGUAAGAUGUGCAUAGCAUUAUUAAAGGUUCCGUUGACUUGAUAAA